AUGGAUCCUCUGGAAGCAAUAGUUGCUCAAAUCCAAGGGCUAUCGAGUUCCUCCUCCGACAUCGCUCGCCUUCACACAAUCUUGAGACAGUCCGAUGACUCGCUCCGUUCUGACUCAAAUCGUUUGUCUCCGAUUCUCUCUCUCAUUGAUCCUUCCAUUCACUCCCUCGGUUUUCUCUAUAUCCUAGAUGCAUUCACAGCUUCUUCUGCUUUGAAUCAGCCACAAGCUGAGGAGAUAGUUCCGAUCAUAACAAGAUUUAUCAGUGCUUGCAGCGUGGAGCAGAUUCGGCUGGCGCCAGAAAAAUUUAUAUCUGUAUGCAAGAGGUUGAAGGACCAAGUAAUGCUGCUGGAAGCUCCCAUACGUGGGGUGGCUCCUUUAUUAACUGCUCUUCGGAAACUUCAAGUCUCCACUGAGCAUUUGACUCCCCUGCAUGCAGAGUUUCUUCUGCUUUGCUUGUUGGCAAAAUGCUACAAAACUGGUCUAUCCAUAUUGGACGAUGAUGUUUUUGAAGUAGACCAUCCGCGAGACCUUUAUCUCUACUGUUACUAUGGGGGUAUGAUAUGCAUUGGACAGAAGCGCUUUCAGAAAGCAUUGGACCUUCUGCAUAAUGUUGUAACUGCUCCCAUGACUAUGAUGAAUGCUAUAGUUAUUGAAGCUUACAAAAAAUAUAUAUUGGUUUCUCUCAUUCGUCAUGGACAAUUCUCUACCAGUCUUCCCAAGUAUUGCUCUCCACUUGCCCAAAGAAAUCUGAAAAUCUUUUGUCAGAACCCUUACAUGGAAAUAGCACAUACUUACAACACUGGAAAAGUUGCAGACUUAGAGGCAUUUGUCAAUGCAAAUGCAAUCAAGUUCGAAUCUGAGAACAAUCUUGGACUGGCUAAGCAGGUUGUAUCAUCUAUGUAUAAGCGGAAUAUUCAGAGAUUGACACAGACAUACUUGACCCUUUCUCUCGAAGACAUAGCCAACACAGUGCAUUUAAAUAGUGCCAAGGAAGCUGAAAUGCAUGUCCUACAAAUGAUUCAGGAUGGUGACAUAUAUGCAACAAUCAACCAGAAGGAUGGAAUGGUGAGGUUCUUGGAGGAUCCGGAGCAAUACAAAACUUGUGAAAUGAUUGAGCAUAUUGAUUCAUCAAUCCAGAGAAUAAUGGCACUGUCGAAGAAACUUACCAAGUCGGACGAACAAAUUGCAUGUGAUCAGUUGUACUUGUCCAAGGUUGGAAGAGAGAGACAGAGAUACGACUUUGAUGACUAUGAUGUUCCACAAAAAUUCAACAUUUAA